GACUGAUUUACUCCGUAAGGUUUGCUGCUCAUGUGUAGACAACACCAGCACUGCCUGACAGAAGGCUGCAUAAGGAAGAAUUUACAGAUAUUAUUUGAGUUUCUGUAUGGAAAAGCAGUGAGCGAAUGAUUGACUAUGGGUGAAAAAUACAUUGAGGAACAUUCAGAGAUGAUGACUGCCACAGAACAACAGAGCUAAUAUAGAAAGUGUGAGCAAGAGGAGGCCGUAAACAGUCCUAAGUCAAUCUGCAGAAAAAGAGAGAAAGAGACUGGAAAGAACACUGGCAAAAGAGAGACAAUUAUUGAAGAAUAAAAAUAUUGUAAAGAAAUAGUUUACCAACAUUAUAUGAGUUUUCUGGUGGAUAAUAAGUAAGCAAAUCAUUCAGUCAUGGAUAGUCUCGAGAGUCAUAGCUUAUAUUAACUGCCAAGCAGCCUUCAACAGCAGCAUCUCCUAAAUCACAUGUGGAUUUUUAAUACUCCUCUUUCUACUUUUAAUGUGUUUUUAUUUCUGGCAUUCUUAUCCAUGAGAAGUUAUGCUGAAGGCCCUUAUCUUUAAAGAAUUCAUUCUAUUUUUUUUAGAAAUCCAAAGAGGCAAUUUUAUCCCUGAUGUAUGGGCUAUAUACAUUUUAAGAUAUGAAGACUAAUGGGUGAAGAAGCAGAAAAUGGUGUGAUUUGUAUUUCUUUCUAUCAGAAGGCCUGUUGCUUUUUUGCCAUGAACUCAAAUGGUUGGUGUCUUAAAGCAGAAUGCUGCUGUAGUGGAUUAUGUGCACUGUACUGUAUGGUCUUUGCUGCAAGAUGUUUACAGAAUUAAGUAAGAAAUGUCUGGAUUAAAGUGAACUUAAACUGUAAUAUGUUUUACUGUCUAAAAGAUGGAUUUUGAAAUACCUUUUCCCAUCCUUUUAAAGAACUGUUAGUGUUUGAAGGCUGGAAAGAGUAGUUUAGGUGUAAUACAAAACUCCAUGUAGCAUUUAUAUCUAAAGGCACUAUCGUUCUAAAGUCACAGGUGUCUGGUGCUUCCCUUGUGCCUAGUCAAGAGUGCUGCCCAGUGGCUGCUAGCUACCAUGAUGUUGCUGUCCCCUCCUGGGCUCACUGGAGUACCAGCUGCUGCCGUUGUCUGGGAGUGGCUGAACGAGCAUGGUCGCUGGCGCCCAUACAGUGCCAAUGUUUCAAAACAUAUAGAGGCCGUGAUUGGGCAACCAAGUGUAUUGCGAAGGGGCCCUGGGGGACCCCCAACAGGCGGAGGUAGUGUGGUACUGGGACAAGCAGAUACCAAGCUCUCGCCCUACAUCCUUGACCUGCAAUCAAUGCAUCAAUUCCGCCAAGAUACAGGCACCAUACGACCUGUACGUAGAAGCUUCUAUGAUCCAACAUCAGCACCAGGGAGAGGGAUUAUAUGGGAAUGGGAGAAUGAUAAUGGCACUUGGACACCCUAUGACAUGGACAUCUGCAUCACUAUCCAACAUGCCUAUGAAAAGCAACAUCCCUGGGUUGACCUGACAUCCAUUGGUUUCUGUUACAUCAUUGACUUUACUAGUAUGAGCCAGAUUAACAAACAGACACAACGUAGGCGUCGGAUCCACCGCCGCACAGACACUUCAUACCCUGUGGUGAUGGGCACCCUACAAAAGUCACAGUCAUGGCCCGCCACUAGUACCACAACAACCUCAAACUCACAGCCUUGUACAUGCCAACAGUGUCUGCUUGUCAUGAGUGUGAAAGCAGCAACAGUUCCUGGUUCCUCACUCACUUUACAAGGAAGAAAAGUGUCUUCUAACAAAACUGUAGGCUCUCAACAGAGUGGAACUGUCAGGAGCCCCUUAAAGGCAAUUGGAGGACAGACAUUAUCCAAGACAGUAAGACCACAAGCAGCCAGUACCCCAGCUCUAUCAAAGGUGGCCAGCAGCCCCCGAGGGGCAAACUCAAAUGGAACUGGAGGAAAAAACAGCCAGAACUACCUCAACCAUCCAAAUCUUCAAAGACUUGCCAUUGCUCAGUCACGAGCUCUUAUCGCCGCUGGAGUUCCAACAGUUCCGGUGAAGAACUUAAAUGGAUCUAGUCCUGUUCACCCAGCUCUUGCAGGAAUCACUGGUAUCCUCAUGAGUGCAGCUGGUCUUCCUGUGUGUCUCACUCGACCACCAAAGCUGGUGCUGCAUCCACCACCUGUCAGCAGGAGUGAACUGAAGCCCAUUCCAGGGAUCUCCAACACAUGCCGCAAAACCAGCAAGAAACAAGUUAAGAAAGGCAAGACACCAGAGGAAGUUGUUAGAAAGUACAUGCAGAAAGUGCGACAACCACCAGAGGAGGAUUGCACAAUUUGCAUGGAACGUCUUACUGCUCCAUCAGGUUACAGAUGCGCUCAGGGACAGCCAGCAAUCAAGUCUGACUUGGUUGGGAAAUUACUAAACUGUGGACAUAUCUACCAUGUGCAGUGCUUGGUUGCCAUGUAUAACAAUGGUAACAAGGAUGGGAGUUUGCAGUGUCCAACCUGUAAGAUGAUAUAUGGUGUGAAGACAGGAACACAGCCUCCUGGGAAGAUGGAGUAUCACAUUAUCCCACACUCCUUGCCAGGACAUCCUGACUGUAAAACUAUCCGCAUCAUCUACAACAUUCCACCAGGAAUCCAGGGUCCUGAGCAUCCAAAUCCAGGGAAAAGUUUUACAGCUCGUGGAUUUCCAAGACAUUGUUAUCUGCCGGAUAAUGAAAAAGGAAGAAAGGUAUUGAAGCUUCUGUUGGUGGCAUGGGACCGUCGAUUAAUCUUUACUAUUGGCACAUCAAGCACAACUGGAGAAUCAGACACAGUGAUCUGGAAUGAGGUACACCACAAAACAGAAUUUGGCUCCAACUUGACAGGCCAUGGGUACCCUGAUCCCAACUACUUGGACAAUGUGCUGGCAGAGCUUCAUGCCCAAGGAAUCACAGAAGACAGCCUUAAGGAGAAAGAGUGAACAUGUUAUUUGGAACACAUGGUUACAGAAAAGAGGACAGUAUAUUAGUGUUAUAAUACACGCAUAUUUUAGAGUUAUUCAGGCUAAAUGUCAGCCAUGGUGAUGGCUAGUAAAUGUCAGCCUUUCAGUCCACUUGCCAGCUGAGGAGAAAUGGCAGAAAUCGCUUGUUCACAGAGGUUCAUGGGUCAAAACAGCGUCAUUCUUUGAGUUUGUCAGAAAGCUGCAAACUCAUUCAUUGUGACAUAUCCAUUUGACAGUGGUAUCUGAAAUCAACUGUUUUGUUCAUAUGUCAAUGAGAAUUUGCUGCUUUACACUUCUAAACCCUAUAGCAGCUUGUUCACCUUUUACUUUAUUUUAAGAUCUCAGAUGGUUUGAAGAGUGGAAGAAAUAUACUUAAAAAUUACAUACAUCUGGCCAUGAGUACUGUGAAAGGGAGAUACCUAAAAGUUUUUCCCUGUAAAAUGUUUUUACAGCUCCCAUCACCAAGUUAGUGACAGGUUAAAAAAACAGAAACCAAACUUGGUAUAAUGUGUACCUUCAGUUAUUACUUUAUAUAAGUGAGUGAUCAAAUGCAGAUAUGUAUCUUCUGAGAUAUAUACAUUUUGCAUUAGUUCAACUUUAAAGUUUUGCCAAUUAUGAAAGCUACUAAGUGCUGACAUCAGAUACUACAAACACCCGCCAUCUUCACAAUGUGAGGUAUAAAAUGUGCACAGAGUAAUCAGCUUCACUGUAUCACUUUUUGUUUACUACCUAUACAAUUAUAUUUUAUCAGUGAAAAAUUAAAAUAUAAGUUUACAUUUCUCUAGUGGUACACAGUUCAACUUUCAUCUGCUUUUUCAGUGGAAGCAUGCUUAAUCUUUAAUAUGAAAGAAUGUUAAAAACGUACUAAAGUAUAUGCUAAUAGACAUCUGUAAUGUAAAAUUUUUCAUGGACCAAAAAAAAAAAAUGAAACUGGAAUGCACUCAUUUAUAGGUGUGGAAUAACCCAUCAAAAUUAUGUCACAACUUAAUUCUAGAAAACUAAAGUCAGCAAAUGGAAAUAAUCUUUUACUAAGGAAACAAAAAUGAUUUUGUAGGGGAGUAAGCCCUUCUGCAAAUCACAUACUGAAGGCCAUUCUCCCAAACCUCAUAUCUCUAACAAUACUAAUUCCAAGGCUGCUCAGCUGCGGGGGGGACCUUCCAUACCACCAAUGUUUUAUGAUCCUGACAAAGCAAAGCUAAGAUAUGUGACUAAUAUGAAACUGCUGAAAACAGUUUGACUAAUCCAAUUCAAAACAAAACAGCAUAAUGCAAUUUAUAUAUUCAUUUCUUGUAAUGUGUGAAUACAGGUGGCAUCAUUACCAUUAUGCAUAUUCACUGCCAGUAUGAUGUAGGAGUUAUUUCACUUGAUGUCUUAUACAAAUAAUGGAGUAGAAUGCAGUUCUUUCAAUUUUAACAUCAACAGCUUACAUUCUUUUCUCAGUUUAUUCAUUCAUUGUCUGAUACCUACUUUAGCCAGUUUGGGGUUGCAGGGAAGCUAGAGCCUGUCUUGACACUCAGAAAUUAAAGACAGAGUAACUAAUACCAGUCUCUUCUGAGAUGAGAUAUGUGAGCAUACACACCUCCACCCCACCCUGACACAUUUCCAGUUCACCAAUGGCAUGUUUUGGGAAUAUGAGGAAACUAGACUACCCAGUGAAAACCAACAUGGACAGAGGAAUGACAUGCAAACUCCUUGUGGAAGGUACCCUAACUAAGAAAUGAACAAAUUAAUCAAGUGUUGUGAAGAAUGCCAACCAGGGCCCACUGUGCUGCCAUCAAUACUUUAGAAUUCACCACCUGAAAAAUCAAACAGUUUAUAAUUUCAAAACAGUAAUAAAAAAUCAGAUUAAUUUAAUUAAUUUUUAAACCAAAAUUGCAUACAUUUGGGAAACAAAUGAUAAAUUUUGAGAGUGGCACAACAGUUAGCACUGCUACAUUUCAGUGUUGGCACUACAGUUAAGUUCACAGCAAGGGGGUCUUCUGUGUGAAGUCUGUAUAACAUCCCUGGGAUCAUAUGAAUUUUUGCCAGGUAUGGUUUCUUUCCAUAUCCCCAAAAAACACUGCUGGUGAAUUGGUAAUCCUCCAAAUCACCUAAAGUUGUAUGAGUCAUGUCCAAAUGAGUUUGUGUGUGCUCGUGAACGCAUCCUGCUGGCUGGCUCCCUGUCUGAGAUUUGCUUCUCUCUGCCUUAUUCCCACUGAGUGCCAGGACAGGCUUCUGAUCCCUUGUAGCUCAGAUGGAUUAAACAGGCAGUCACUGACUCAAUAAAUUAAUAUUAAAACGGAGGCUAAAUAAUUGCUCUGUAUCUUGUUUGGUUAAGGUAUUAUUAAUGCCGUUAUAAACCUCGCCUUCCUUUGCGUAAGCCUUUACCUUUCAAAAAGGCAGACUGUUGACUGUACUUAGUUUUCACAUAGUAAUACAGACCUGGUAAUGAUCAGAACAAAUAAAAUAAAAAAAUAUAUAUAUUCCUGGUAUUCAGCAGAGUAUACCUGUCAAAGCAUUUAUGACAAACAUAUCAGAAUUACAUUAAAUAAUGCUAAAAGUACUGCAUUAAAUGUUUAAUCUUCAUAGUGGAGUAAUCCAAAUCCAACCAAAAAUGUGUUUGAAACCAUACCCAUACCAGUUGCUGCUGUACUGCUUAAAGUCAUUAUUACUUAAAAUUCAUGUCAAGAAGCAAGUUCUAGAAAUCAGCAGAAUGUUUCUGAGUGCAGAAGCAAGUUCUAGAAAUCAGCAGAAUGUUUCUGAGUGCAGAUAACGUAUUCUUCAAAGUAAUUUAUGGAAAUAUGCUUUCUGUAAACAAAAUAUCAAAACAUACAGUUCACCCACAUUUUUUUAAAUUCUCAGUAUGCUGUUUUGAAAGUUAAAAAUGAACUAUUUGAUACUGAAAAAGGUUCUAAGAGCAGUUCUCCUUUUUCUGUAGAGUCCUCGUCACAUCCACUUGAAAAUGCUCGGGUGUUUCACUGCAUGGUACACUAGAAUUUUUUUGGAUCUAGGAUUCUGCUGGAUUAUGUUAAUAAUGCUUUGUGUUACUUUUUUUAAUGUUUACUCAGCAAGGCAACAGCUCUAGUGUGUGCACUUAUAUGUACAAGACUUGUGGGUGUAUGUAACAAGCUGUAAAAUCCACAUCUCUGAGUUAUACUAAGACAUAAGGCAGAGUAUGCAGUUGUCCUUAUGUCUUUAAUAAGUAUAUUAAAACACAUGGAGUGAUUAUGCUAGCAUAAUGUGCCCUAAGUAUGAUUUUGCUAAAGACACAUGUGACUUAAAGUCUGAUUUUUACAUUUGUAGGAGUACAUAGACAUGCAGGCAUAUCUGCACACACACAAAAGUUGUUACUGUCACUGCUAUAGUAAUGCUGAGAGCAAUAUGUUUUACUAUGAUCCACUUGUAGGAUCACUUUUAUGCUCUGCCAUGUAAAAUAUUUUAGUAAAAUUGUUUUUGGAAAAAAAAGAGUAUUUCUGUAACAGAUGAUACAGAUUAAUUUUGUUUCCCUCCCUGUCAAUAAUCUGUUUUGAUUAAGGGAGAAAGUAGCAGUUGAGGAAUUUUAAUUGUAAAAAGGAUUGUAUAGUUUAAUUGUUUUAAACUUUAAAGGUAAAGGGUUGAAUAGGAAAUUUGUUUUUCAUGGCAUUGGCAUGGAGCCUCUGUUUCAUCUCUGGACUGUGAUUUUGAAAUAUAACGGCAUUGAGGAUGCUCAAAGCCCAGCAGCUCACAUGACAACACUAGUCAAAAUGUUGUCCUAAAAAGUCAUCAGAUCAUUACAGAUAAUAAUUCUUUGUAGCCAGAUUCAUUUAUGUCCAUAUCUGUUUGAGUGUGGGGUGAGAACGGGUGACUUUUGGGUUUCUGAUUAGAAAUGGUUCUGAUAUGGACCCUGACGAUUCCAAUAUGAACCCUGGUGACUUACACGACUGUACUGACCAGGCAGUCCAAAAAAGAGGUAUCCUUAUGGACAACACAAUUCCUAAUGGUUCCUGUAACCCUUAAAUUAACAGUGCAAGUUCAGAAAAGUUACAUUUCAUUAAUAUUCUAAAAAAAUAUUUAGGAAUGAGUAAAAAAAUGAUUCAGAAACAGACUAUAGGUACAGUGGUGGCAAAUCAAGCUGCCUAAGUUAGUAGCCCCUGUGGUGGCCUUGGGAUCCCCUUUAUAUAUUUUGUCUUCUGGGGUUCAUACCAUUUCUGUGUGUGGCUAAUGGUUUGUAGGUACUAUAUGAUGAUGUAGUGGAUUCUCAUGCUUUAACUCACCAGCAGUCCCAAAAUAGUUGUGCUGUGUUUUGUUAGCCAGAUCUGUUUCUUAUUUUUCUUGUCAGUAACUGGCUAUUGUCAUCAGAGGAAGAGUGACAGAAUGGACUAUGUAACAGCAAAGAAAGCAACCUGAUCCAUAUGGUUUGAAAGUCUCCUGUGACUAACAGCAAACAGUACUGCAUGCUGGUACUAAACAGAAACAAGCAGAAGUAGCAGAAAGACACAUGCAGACAAAGGGAGAGGUGAUAUGGAGACUAGGAGUGUGACGACUGAUUGAGAAAGGUACAUUUGGAGAACAUAAAGAGAUGUUAUUUCACUGAAACAGCAAUUUAAAUUAUGUAACAAAAUAUAAGCAAUAUUGCUCAUAGGUGAUGUACAGUAUAGGACAACUGAAAAAAAAUACAAAUGUGUUACAUAGUUACUUGGGUGAAAGGUAGAUAUUAAAGUAACCAACAAAACCCUUAUCAUUUCAAAAACAGACCAUGUGAAACUCAUCCCUUCUACUGAAAUGUUCUGUCUCCCAUAUACAGAAAGUCCUACAGCUGUCAUUUACAAGACUGUUGACCAUGGAUCAUUCUGCUAAGGUGUUAUGUCCAAAUUCUAUUGGUUUGUUGUUUACUACUAACCUCCAGUGUCACUUAUUGUGCUGCUUUGUCCAACAGUGUUAAUCAAGCAAACCUUAUGCUUGUAGGAAGCCCCUGCAGCUUGUCCAAAAUGUCAUACUGUCUUUCAGUACAAGAAUAUCUUAUAUUAUCCCUAUCAAAAGUCCAUCUCAUACCUUUUUGAAUCCAUGUUUGUCACUGUAUGUAUAUAUAUACACACACACACACACACACACACACAUAUAUAUAUAUAUAUAUAUAUAUAUAUAUAUAUAUAUAUAUAUACACACACACACACAUUGCUGCUACCAUGUCUAAAUCAAAUCUUUGCAAACUCUUCCAUCACUAAAGAAGGGUAUGCAGGAGCUUUUGUUUCAGCUUCCACAUCCCUAUAAAUGUUACACAAGCAUUUAGUAGAAGAAAGCUUUUGCUAAAAAGAGACAGUUUUAUAUAGCUAGUUACCCUUGAAAACAUCAUUAUAUGCUCUGUUUAUUUUAAUAUUUACCUCAUGGAAGAUGUUACUGCUAACAAUUGGCAAACUUCAUUCAAUACACUACUGUUUUAUCAUAGCAGCAGUCACUGUUUUUUCAUGGUUUCUAUGAUAUUCUCCAAAUGGUGUAGAAUGGGUGUUCAUAACGCGCAGGCACUGAAAGCUGUCAGUAUAAGUUUAAUCACCACUAUGCUACAGAACUGUCAUAGUGAAGCUGCAAUAUAAAGGGAGAUGACUCAUUAUCAUAUCAUUCUCCUUGCAGCAUAAUGAUAUUCAUCCACUGCCUCCCAGUGUCACUGAACAAGGACGGUGCUGUGCUUUCUCCUUCACCUUCAUUCACACUAUUAGAUGAAGGAAUUCUGAAAAGUCACACACAAAACCUAUACAAAAAUUGCUUCAAUGCAUAGCUCCUAUAAGGAAUUUCUAGUAAUCGCUCUCAGACAUUACCUCAUCAACUUCCUGUGAACCUGAAGUCAGUGGGUAAUUCUUGUUUCUGGAAUGACAAUAAUCUGUAAACCUUCCUAUGUGAAUUAGCGUGAACUGUAUGACAUGGUGAGUGAACAUUUCCUUUUUUUCUUCAGAAAAUAACCUCAUAACCUCCCCAGUUGGUUGGAACUUGUUUUAAGCCACUUUUUUGGGGUGACAGGGAGAUCUUUAAAGUAGAGGCUUGUAUAUUUUAGUGGCAAGAACAAAAUCUCUGUAUUCACAGUUAUGAAAUGUUAUAGCUACAGGUCAGCUAAUCUGUUGAAAAAAGAAAGUUUCAAACACAGUCCUCUCAACGGUCAUUUUCUGUUUCUUAAGUUAAACUUUCCCAAACAAUUGAAAACAACCACUAAGGAUACUUUACUUAGUAAUGUUUAGAAUUUUAAACAGAAUGAGUCUUGUGAGGUUUCAUUCUGUAACUUUGUGGCACUACAGUUUCCACUUGAGUGAAAUUAUACUGGCACAGUCGAUGUCAGCACUUCACAACUACAAAUCCCACCGCCCAUAGUUAUUCUUUGACUCAUAACUGCGAGCCUUGGAAAUACAAAAAAAAAGUGAAACUAAAGGAGAAAACAAAUGUUGACAACCGCUUUACUCCUUUAAAGUAAUUUUUUGAAGGGUGACAACUCUUCAAACACUCCACUAUCAACAUAUAUGCAUAUGUACACACAAAUAUAUACCAAAUCUGUGCUUUCCAUACCUCAGAGAAAAGGAAGUACUCCAAGACAUCAUGAUCUUAGCCUUCUUGUAUGCAAUUCCUCUUUUUUCACAUAUUCAGUUGUGGCAUCACAGGACUGUCACUUAAAAGUAUUGGAAUUUAAAACUGUUACAUUUAAAAGUAAUGUAGUAUCCUGGCAGAGUUUUCUCAAAAACUUUUCUUCUGGAAAUGCUUAGGGACUCACCAGAAUCAGGCUUCAAAUACUCCGGGUUUCAAGGCGUUCUCUUUCAGAAUAAAUGACUGCUGCACACGAAUUUCUCCAGUAGAAGCAAUGUUGCUGCUUGGAUAACUUCAUAUGGUACCAAGUACCACUACAUAUUUAUUCUGGCUUUGUCACACACAAAAAUGAAGGAAGACUGUUUCGAUACUAGUUGGUCUUGUAUGGCACUGACAACUUUACUGAAGAUCAGACCUCAUUAUCCAAGGUCAUGUCACUUGGAUUGUGUGCAUCUGACUUCCAAACACUGAUUAGGUUGUAGGCUGUAUACUACUGUUCUCUGAUGUAAGGUAGCUGGAUCUGUUAACGUACUGUAUAAGUGAGACUACAUAAUUUUCUGUUUUGGUGGUGCAGUGUACAUCACAGGUUGCAUUUUUCUUAGGGGUCUGGCCUUGCUUGUGGUAGAUAGAUGACAAUAUUGGUGGUAUCAGUAAGUAUUAGGGAGGUAAGCAGAAAGAGAACAGUAGGGUAGAAGGAAGAAGAAGAAGAAGAAGAAGAAAACUGAAAAAGGAAUCUGUAAGAGAAAGUUGGUGGGUUAAGAAAACUAGUGAAAUAAAUAGAAUGGCAAGCCUGGAAAUAGAAUCCCUUUGGACAGUUCUUACUUAUACCGCCUGUAAAACCCCAACUUUGAAGAUAAAGGGCACUUAACCCUCAUAGCUGCCAUCUACAGUGGCAGCAAUUACCCAAGUUUCUUUCCAGUAAAUAAUUUUCUGUAGUUCUAUGCAAUUCACAACACAGCAGAAUAAUGAACAGCAUUUUUUUUCAAAAUUGUAAAGGAUGAUAAGUGUUUCAAAUGAACAAAAUGAAGAAAUGUUCUUGCCUCUUCAUUUUUUCCCACAGUUCCAUUCAGUGUCUCUCACUACAGUAUGUAUCAAUAAAAAAUGGAACUGCUUCCUUCCCGCUAAAAGAAUCUGUCAGUUACCUGAUGUAGUAGAAUGUAAUCAGCUAAACAUAAGAGGAAUAAAAAGAUACAGAUCUCUCUUUCCUUCUCUCACAGAUACACACACUCCUAUGUAACUGUGAAUGAUUAUUCUGAUACAUACUGCAGUAGCUGCAGAAAUGUCUAGUCUAUUUUUUUUUUCUUUUAGUACAUCACCCCUGGCUGGUGACUUCAGGGAAAUGGAAACCCAAAUGUCUAUUUGCUCAUACUUUUGCGUAAUGGCCAGGCAGAGGAGUAAAUAGACACCAUUAUAUACACAACUUUUCUUGGUGCAGUCCUGCUCACUGUAGCCCACCCAAGACAGCCAACAUUGGCCAGCAGUAAUGCAUCUUGCUUGUGUGGGAGCUUUUUGCUGAUACAUUAAGGCCAAUCCACAAUGUGCUACAUGCUGACUUGCUACAGCUUCACUGGUCUCCACCAGUGAUCCUCUCCAGUAUUAAAUUAAAACCUUUUUACACUCUCUAAGAAAGUAAGCAAAUCUCAGUAGCACCUUUUCUUAUUUCCUUGUUUGGUUGUCUGGCUAUUGUUUGAAACCAGGCUACUAGAAAUAUAUGAAAAUGCCUUGCUUCCAUGCCAGUAGGCAAACUUUCAGUUAGGCUGCUUAGCAUCAACAUAACGUUCUUAUUUACUAGCAAACUGACUGACUAAACCAGAUUUCUUCAUUUCAUAAUAGUACAGAACCUAUUAUGGACACCCUGUGCACUACAGGUGAGUUGAGUCAUUAAAUUAUCCUAAUAUCCACUCUACGGUUUACUAGAGGCUGGCAAACAAUCAUAACAAAAGCAGCCAGGGGCAUAUUCAAUAUCUGGCCAUGACUGUGCAACAGUUACAGAUGGAGUUAGUGAAAUAUUCAAAACAGAUUCAAAAUCCCAGACUAUCACUAAGUUGAUUGGGAUAAUUGUUAAUUGCUAAUCAAUGGCAAAAACUAAAACUGAACUUUGCUGUUUCUGAUGAUCAGCAGCCUCAGACAAAUGAAAAUAGCAAACUGGUUUGACUUUCUAAUUAGUGAUUCUCUGUAUGCAGCAGGCACAAAUAACCUGUCCUUUAAUGGCGAGAUCCCAAAACCUUACCAGAAGCUAUAUGCCUGGAUGUUUAUAAAAGAUGUAAUGCAGUUUACCAAAUGACUCUGCAAACAGGGAUGGCCAAAGGUCAACCCAUCAGACACACGUCAGACUGGGAAGUAAAACACCACCAUACCCCUGGCCAAGCACUCCUACUCUCGAGUUCAUUUUGGACCCACUGUUAUUCAGUGGGAAAUCAUUUGGUAAUGUGGCUUUUUACAGAUCACAUUACUGUUCUUGAAGAAUUUUUCCAAUGCACAUGAAGAGAAGUGGCAUCAGCUCGACUGGUUAAGGUCUAGCUGCAACAAGCUGGUGGAUAUGACACACCACAUAACUUUCUACACACUAUCCUUGUGUGUCUGAAUGAUUGCUGCAUACAGUGUUACUCUGCAAAUGAUUUAAAGUCUUAGCCUAAAUACUAUUUUGACCUGGAAUGGUGUCUUCUGGGAAAUCAAUAAAUGAGGCAGCAACUGUUGUAGUUCUCUCAACUCCAUGGCCAGUUAUUGAGUGAAAUGUAAUGAUUAUGGUAUGGGUCCUAGUUCUGUACUCAUCUGUUACACUAUAGUUGAUGGAGCUGAAAAAUAACAGUAGUGCUAUGCCACUUACAACUCUGUAAAAUGCCUCACUGGAGAAAGGUAAGGAUGCAGAGUAGAAUGCAUUCACUUAGGUAGCGGGUCCACAAAAAUACUAGGUUACAUUCUUAAAGAAACCAGUAGGACAAAAAGAAUUCAAAUAGGGAGUUGGAAGAAUUAAAUUUCUUGAGUAAAUUUAGUACAAUACCAAAGUAAGACUGCAAACUUAUUACAAUUUAGAAGGAUUCUGAAGGGUAAAGUCUCACUCCUUACAAAGGGGAGUGAAGUCUUGCAUACACUUGUCCUGUGGCAUGGUUUUUGAGGUGGCUGAGUUUUCAACACUGUCAACAGUUCUGGUACCUUGCAACACGGCCUUGAUGAAACCCUCCAUAAGCGGACUACUGCUUUAGCUGUGACAAAUUCAUGCUGUAGAGGUGUGUUCUGCAACAAUACAAUGUAAAUAUGUGGCAUUCAGUGCUGUACGUCAAGGAAUCCUUUGAACACAUAUUUUCAGCCACUUUCUCUACAUAAUUCUGUUAAAAAGUGGCAAGCUUGUCUUAGUUUCACUCAGCUUAGAGUGUUCUAAAGAUAAAAAGAUAUCCUCUUUGUCAACCUCCUGGUGCUUUAUUCUUGUGCUUAGCAAAAUGCAAAGAAAGGGACUGAGAUUACUAAGACUUCUGGAGUAACUAUGCAAAAGAACAUCAUACUUAUGAGGCCAGUAUGUAAUUACAACAUGCCAAUAGACUAGCAGAAUAGUUUUAUUCCUGAGUAUGUUGCUGGGAUUUAGUUUCAUAAGGUGGGAUGAAAUCACACAUCCAAGUUCACUCACUCCAGGGAGGCAUGGAUAUCCCUUGAUGCAAUAUUUUUGUAUCCUGCUCAUGACCAGGGGGCAAUGUAUCUGGCAAGUCAGUAGCUUAGCCUACUGGUGUUAACAAGUACUCUAGCAGUAUAGCAUACUGUAGGGUGUCUGCUGAUCAUCUGGUGUUUUAACAUGUAGGAAGUGUUACUUAGGAUACAUUCAGGGAAGUAUAUCCCACAAGUGCUGUGCUGGUCAAAGGUAAAGUUUCAUGGUCCUACCAAGUAAUUAAGGAUGCAGCAGAUCCAUCCUACCAGACUGAAUAGUAGCAUAAGAGACACUGGGAAUGGCAGCUGGGGAGAGACAUAUGGGGAAUUACAGAACAUAUAUUGUGGGGGCUGUGGCAAAAAUGGAUAAACAUUUACAAAAAUGUAUUUACAACUAUGCAUUUAGAUUUUUUGGCUCCUAUCCUUCCUAGUGGAAUGUGCCAAAAAUAAGACAAAAACAUGUACAAGACUUGUACAGUAAAUACAAGAGCAAAUAAAAUGUAAAUUACAUUUUUUAUGAUUUUAUGUUAUUUUUAGUUUUACAAACUGUUUGUUUAACAAGAGUAAUGUUUAUAGCUUACUACCAACUAUGACAGCUUUUCACAGCUCUUUAAAACAGCAGGAAUUUAAAAUGUAGAUAUUUUAUAUAAUUAUAGACUGGUUUAGAUGAUCCCAAAUAAAGUUUGAAAAAAGUUGUUUUAAAUAUCAAAAGACAUAAAUGAAUGGAAAUGUUAACUAUUAAGUCCCAAAACAGCUGAAAUGUGUUAAUAAUUCUACUGAUUAAGAAUUUUAGCAUGCUUUAUAAUUCACUGUGUACUUUUCUAAUGGAGGAUAAUGAUAAAUGAUAAGAUGGCCACCAUUACAGAAAAUGGAUGGUAUGACCAAAAUCUUUUUAUAUCUAGACUUUUUUCCUCAUUAGUUUUAUCAGUGAACUGUAAAAUACUGAAUAUGUUCAUUGUAAUGGGGGCAUAGUUUACAUGUUUUUACCAAUGUUUGUCAGAUGUCUUGUUCUUUUCUGGAAAUAAAAUUAAAUUUAAGCUGUG